AUGUUAAGCCGUUUUUCGGACGUGCUGCAAACUGCGGCGGACGUUCUGGCUCCUCCGGCUACAAGGCUAGAGGAUUUCGAGUACCACUGGAAGAUGAUUCUUAAUUUUUACCAGAAUUAUGACGAUAGUAAUAAAAUGCAUAUUGAGGAAACGAGGAUUCCGCAUCAUUUACACCAAAUGUUACAGUUAAUAGUAGAAGAAGAAAAAGAACAGCACGGUGGUACAGUGGGUCCAUGUCUAGAGGCGUUAGUACAGAGGUCGAUAUGUCUACUAGACGCACUGACGGCUCUAGCCGCGGCAGACCGGCCUCCUGGAGCGCGAGCUCUAGCUCUCACCACUGGAACAGCCUUGUUGAGACGGACGAGGCAGCCGUGUGUGAACAGUGCCCAUGUUUACCGGCCUCUGCAGCGAAUGCUUAUCCAAUGCAACGAAUCCCCUGCAUCACCAACAGAGAAAGAAGAAGUGGAACUAUUGCUCACACUUUGUGGUUUAGUUCGGAAAGAACCAGGUUUAGCCAACAUCUUUACAACCCCUUUCGUAGAAGAUAAGUCUACCUUGCUCAGUAUACCGGAAGAUAUACAAAAACUAAUACCUAUCCGAAGUAAAGUUCAUACACCAAAGAAAAAUCCAUUAUUUGAAGUGGAACUCCCGCCAAAUCCUUUAAGAAAUGUGUCGAUAAUUAGGACAGGGAAAGACGACUGUUGUAACGCUACGUCAAGCAGCUCCAUUGAUGAUAAUGCCUCCUGCAAGAGUCAUAAAACUGUGUAUGACGACAACGAUAAGUUUCUGCUGAUUGAUCUGUUGCUGUCGUAUUUAAACAGCGCUGACAACCAAGUGGUCCUUCGAGCCUGUGAAGGUAUAAUGAUAGUAUCAUCUCUGCCGGAAGAUGACAUAGCAAACUUACUAACAAGCUGUAGUCCAGCUUGCGAGACGAUAGUUGACAAAUUAGCAGCUAAAUAUAAAUGCGUUCCGGCCAACGUUGAUCCUAGUGACGUUGACCAUUUAAACAUAACGUGGGCGUAUGUAGCACAGGACUUUGGUGACAAAACUUACAGUAAAUUUCAUGGAUACAGAGAACUCACAAGUUUCUUCUCUUGGUUAGACUAUUGUGAUACACUAAUGAAGGAAUGCCACCCGACGAUAGCGGCCCACCUCUCUCGAACAUUCCGCCAGAACUUCCUAGAAGGCACCGCUGAGAACGGCAUCACGGACGUUCACCACGCCGUGCUCGUCACCGCCAUACUCGCCAAGUGCCUCAAAGUUGUUGACUCGCCUGACCUCAUUAAUGAGUUCUCCAAUUGGUUGGUAGGAGAUGGCGAAGUCUCAGAGUGGCCGCUAUUACACACUCUGAUCAACAACUGUCUUACCGAGAACUACGAAUUAACAUUAGAAACAUUGCGGUUUUUUGAGAGUAUAAUCGAGAAGGGCACGGAGCACAGCAUCCAGCGCGUGGUGCUGGCGCGCGUGGCGGCGCGCGGCUACUGGGCGCCGCGCGACACGCACGACGACGCCGAGCGCGAGCGGCUCAACGACCUCUCCAUCGGCCGGGAGCGCGAGAGGAACAGAGAAGCAAUGAAACAGCUCCAACAUGAAGACCACGUGAACGAACAGAUCACAGAUAUCCUGUCGCACGAGGGGCUCGACCCUAAACACCACGACGAGGGCACAGACAACAUACACAGAGUUAUUAACAGCUUCCUGUUGCUGCUGCCGCGCGCCAUACUCUCCGACCCCAUCGGUGCAGACUACGAACAUUAUAUACACGAUGCUCAUAGACAUUAUCAGUACUGGCUAGACGUGACUUCAACGUUCCACUGGCCCACGGAGUACAACUGGGUGGAUACCACAGCCAGCUCGACACAUAGCUACGACAGCCGACCAGAGGCUGACAUACACCUCGACGAAGUUUUCACCUUCAAACCGGACAAAAUUGACGACCAGAACCGCUUCACGCAAAAACUUGUACUAAGAAGUAGAGAUCUAACUUCUCAAACAUCAGAAGAAGAAUUCGACGAAGGUCCUUUCUUCAAAAUGAUUUUCAAACUUUUAUCAAACAUGCCAUCACAACCAUACCAAGUGAAUUUGCACCUUACGUCUAUAAUAUCAAAGUUGGCAUUACUCCCUCAUCCGAAUUUACAUGAAUAUUUACUUAACCCAAUGUUGCCAACGGCGAAGAAGACUCCAACUCUAUUUAAGACAUUGCAAGACUUGGCAAGGAGGUUGACCAUAGAAAUUCCGAGGUUAAGAAACUACAGUAAAAUUAUUGAAAAUACCAGGUUGCAGCUCAUGAGUGAGGAUCCCAGUUACGAUGAAGGCGGCGAGCACAACCAACUAGUAGAAAGUCUUAUUGUAUUAGAAGAGUUCUGUAAAGAGUUAGCGGCCAUCGCGUUCGUGAAAUACCAACAUUCGAUGCACAUGCACAGGUAA